AUGUCUUCGGCAAUGAUAACGACGACCGCGUGGGUCCCGCGUGGAUUUUCCGCCCCCUUUCCGCAGAAAUACGACUUCAAUGACGAGGAGUUCGAGCGGAUAGCUAAGCUAGCAAGGCUUCAACUCGACGAUGCUCAAGAAGAUCUCGACGAGGCAGAGGAGGAGGGCAAUGAUACGGCCGGAGAAUCCGGUGCACAGAAAGGCGGCGCUGCAGAAGAAAAGGGAGACAAAAAGAAAAAGGGAAAGAAAAUCAAGAAAGAGUAUGUUGAGCAUGGGAUCGACAUCAAUGAUGACGAUCUAAAGGAGUAUGACCUGGAGCAUUACGACGACGACGACGGUGAAAAUGGUGGUCUUGAGGAUGUGGCGAGCCAACCAAUGUCGAUAUUUGGAAACAUCAAGUCGCUUGCGUAUUACGAGUCCAAUAAGGAUGAUCCAUAUAUUACUUUGAACGACGUCGAUGCGGAAGACGAGGAAGACGACCGACAGGACCUGCAGGUUCUGGAAACCGACAACCUCGUGCUUGCGGCCAAGGUCGAGGACGACCUGGCGCACCUGGAAGUGUACGUGUACGAGGACGGGGCAGACAAUCUUUACGUGCAUCACGACAUCAUGCUGCCGGCCAUUCCUCUGUGCGUGGAGUGGCUUGAUCUGGCGGUCGGCAAGCCGGGUGUCGGGGCGGACAAGGCGGCCAACUUUGUGGCAAUCGGGUCGAUGGACCCGGACAUUGAGAUCUGGGAUCUCGACACGGUGGACUGCAUGUACCCCAAUGCCAUUCUCGGGCAGCGGGUGGCCGGAGACAGCGGGGAGAAGAAGAAGAAGAAGAAGGCCAAGAAGGCCAAGAAGGCCAACGACGAGUACCACGUGGACGCGGUGCUGUCGUUGGCGGCGAACCGCAAGCAUCGCAACCUGCUGGCGUCGGCGUCGGCCGACAAGACGGUCAAGCUCUGGGAUCUCAACACGCUGGCGUGUGCCAAGUCAUACACGUACCACACGGACAAGGUGUGUUCGCUGGCCUGGCACGCGGUAGAGUCGACGGUGCUGCUGAGCGGCAGCUACGACCGCACGGUGGUGGCGGCAGAUAUGCGGGCACCGGAGGCGACGCGGCCACGAUGGGGUGUUGAGAGCGACGUGGAGAACGUGCGGUGGGAUCCGCACGACCCCAACUUUUUCUUCGUGUCGACGGAGAACGGCAUGGUGCACUACCACGACGUGCGCAUGGCGCCGGCCGACCCGGUGGCCACCAAGGCCGUGUGGACGCUGCAGGCACACGACGAAUCGGUGUCCUCAUUCGACAUCAACACGGUGAUUCCCGGCUUCAUGGCCACCGGCUCGGGCGACCGCACGGUCAAGCUGUGGAACAUCCAGGCCUCGGGACCGACGAUGGUGGUGUCGCGCAACCUCGACGUCGGUAAGGUGUUCUCGUCCAACUUUGCUCCAGACCCGGAGGUGGCCUUCCGUCUGUCGGUGGCCGGCAGCAAGGGCACGCUGACGGUGUGGGAUACCAGCACCAACGCGGCCGUGCGCCGGGCGUUCGCCACCAAGGUGCCAGCCCUGGCUGACGCAGACAUGGUGGAGGACCGGAUCGUGGGUGUCGAGGACGACGAGAGCAGCGAGAGCUCGGACGGGGAGGACGACGAGGAGGAGGGCGAGGAUGGUGGUGUUGCGGUUGACGAUGACGGAGAUGAGUCCAUGGCUGAGGAUUAG